CAACACCAUCACCCUGAGCGGCCUCCUGCUCAACCUGCUCACCACGCUGCUGCUCAUCGCCUACUGCCCCAGCGCCACCGAGCAGCAGAACAAAGUUAAUUGUUCAGUGCCAGAUGGGGAUGGUGUGGAGGAAAUACGCCUGCCUAAUCCUGGAGCUUUACAAAGACAUUGUGAAAUAAUAAAUGUGUGAACACUAUGCAUGCACUAAAGGAAGUGAUGCAACCACUGGUUCCUUCUGACGCUCCUUUUUGUUUGGGUUCUGUAUCCAUAAACAUGGAUAGAACCAUUCCUACUAAUUAUGUGCACCUCUCUCAAUUUUCAGGCACCUUUUUGGGUAUUCCUCUUGUGUGCAGUAGGACUCUUUGUUUACCAGUCCCUGGAUGCUAUUGAUGGGAAACAAGCCAGAAGAACAAAUAGUAGUUCCCCCUUAGGGGAACUUUUUGACCAUGGUUGUGACUGUAUUUCCACAGUUUUUGUUUCCAUUGGAGCCUGCAUAGCUGUUCGACUGGGAACGAACCCUGACUGGCUAUUUUUCUGUUGUUUUGUGGGGACGUUCAUGUUUUAUUGUGCUCACUGGCAGACAUACGUAUCAGGCAUGUUAAAGUUUGGAAAGGUUGACGUAACUGAAGUUCAGAUAGCCAUAAUGAUCCUCUUCUUGAUGUCUGCAUUUGGUGGAACUACUAUGUGGGACUACAAGAUCCCUUUGAUAGACCUAAAACUGAAGACUUUUCCUGUUCUUGGAAUAGUGGGUGGAGCAUUAUUUUCCUGUUCCAACUAUUUCCAUGUCAUCUUUGGUGGUGGAGUUGGCAAAAAUGGAUCUACAAUCGCAGGCACUAGUGUUCUUUCACCAGGCCUCCAUAUAGGACUAGUUAUCACUUUGGCAAUAAUGAUCUAUAAAAAAUCUACAACUCAGCUGUUUGAAAAGCACCCUUGCCUUUAUGUCUUAACAUUUGGAUUUGUGAGUGCUAAGAUCACACAAAAAUUGGUGGUGGCCCACAUGACAAAAAGUGAGAUCUAUCUUCAAGAUACUGCAUUUAUUGGGCCAGGUCUUCUAUUUUUGGACCAGUACUUCAACAGUUUUAUUGAUGAAUAUAUUGUUCUAUGGAUAGCGUUGGUCAUAUCUUUGUUUGAUUUGCUGAGAUACUCCACUGGUGUAUGCAUGCAGAUUGCUGCUCACCUUCACAUACAUGUCUUCAGAAUUUCAUCACUUCAAGCUCCUGAACAGGUGCAAGUUGUUUCUUCACUGAGCCAUCAGAAUAACAUGGACUGAAGAGACUUGCGUACAGUUGCCAUCUCUUGCUGUUGCUGUUACGAGAAAGGAGAUAACACUGAACAAAUGCAACAUUUAGGAAAAAAAAUUCAUCAGUCUGAUAUAUUGAAAGAAUUAAAAGUGAAUGUUAAAUGAU